AUGCCGACCAUAGCGCCUUCGGAGGAAGAAGACUGUAUGAUCGUCGAGAUGGUCCUACUGAGAAAGGAGUUUGUCAUCAUUAGGAAGGAGGUAGAAAUCAGCCCUUCUCUGUCAGCUAUAGAGUCUGGGAGGCUGACCGUCAAGUUGAGGGAGCUCUUAAUGGGAGUGGAGGCGGAGCGGGCGCGGUCCUCUAAUUUGAAGGGGGAAGUUUCUAACCGCAUAAAGAGAAACAUCAAAGAGGUGUUAAAGAUCGCGGACGAAAUGGACGGCAGGCUGGGGAAGCUUUUGGGCGCAAUCUCCACUAAGACGGAGACCGUAAGCCAGCUGAGAAUCGAGGUUAGCUUGGUGAAGGCCCAGAAGAAAAGCAUAAGGAAGAAAUGUGGUAAGCUCAGGAGGAAGCUUAAGAAGAAGAAGGCUACUGCUGCCAGUGUUCAGGGUGAGGUUAUGGCCUUGAGCCAAAAGAGGGCUAGUAGACCCUCAAGCAGGAAGACAAAGGCUAUCGGCAAGAGGCUGGAUGCCUCCAGAUCCAGCUCAAACGCGGACAUCAAAAGCGUAGUGGCGGAGCUGAGAGAGCUAGGCAUCGGUAUGGAGGUGUUACAGUUGCCCAAUAGGGAGAUAAGGAUUGCUAAGAGGCGGUUGCAGCUCUGGACACCGACGGCGCAACAGACACCGAGCAGCCUGGAUGGAAUGAAAGAAAGGCAGCCUGCUAACACAGAUACGGCCGAGGACAAAAAGAAAGCUAAGAAGAAACCUAGGAAGAUGACGCGUAAGAGGAACCGCAAGAGGAGAAUCAGAGAGACUGCGGCGGUCUCUCUGGGGGUUACUGGAGCCUUUAUCUGGAGAUUCAAGGGCGAGAAGGAAGCCGUUAGGGUGGAACGGAUUGCCAAAGCGCUUAAAAAGACGGUUUUGGAGGCGAAGGUCUCCAGGCUGCAGAGAAUGGGAACAGUUAGGCUUGUGGGGAUAAACCUAGUACUAAAUGCUACUAUUAUUAGGAAUGCCCCAUUGGAACUGUAG